AUGCUUGACACCCGAAGCAGAUUCAAAGAAGCCAUAACUGGCGUCUGUCGCUUCCAAGAGAUCAGUGGAGUUGCUAUGGAGAAGGUAGUGGAGUACUUCCACUAUUACUACCGUUACCGAGACAGGAGUGAUGUCCCGGAUAUGGAUAUCCCCGUCGAGCUAUGCCUUGAGCUUCUCGUCGUUGCGGAUUUCCUUGGACUCGAUGCUUAA